UCAUUAAAAAACCAUUUAUGAACUUCCUGGUUGUCUGUCACACGUGUCAAAUUGGAAGGAGAAGAAGAAAAAGCUGUCACUUGUCAUAGAAAAUUUUUAGAUAGUCAACCUAAUAAAUAUAAAUAAUGGCAUCAUCCCUACUGAGGACAGGGGUCUUAACAAAAUCUCCUUUACUGAAGAAAUUGGGGACACCAUGUAUAUCAACAUCAGCCAUUAGGAAGUCAGAACCGCAAAUUAAAAAUGAUGCUGCUCUUUUGAACCCCGAAGAAAUUGAACAUAAAAAGAAAUUGCAGAAUUACAUAACGGUUGAGGGUACAACUGAUAUCUCUCCAAUAACUGGCAUUCCUGCAGAUUAUGUCAAAGAACGUAGGGUUAGAAUUUAUGAGCCUGCAAAAAACUGCAUGCAAAGUGGCACGAAUAAUAUAGGGCAUUGGGAAAUGGAUUUUGACACUAAAGAGAGAUGGGAAAAUCCCCUUAUGGGAUGGUGUUCCACCGGUGAUGGAUUAUCAAAUAUGAAAUUGCAAUUCGCUACAAAAGACGAAGCAAUCGAAUUCUGUGAGAAGAAUGGAUGGCAAUAUUACAUUCAAGAAAGUAAACUUGACAAGAAAUUCAAACCAAAAAGUUAUGGAGUAAACUUCUCUUGGAAUAAACGCACAAGAGUAUCAACGAAGUGAAGUUUAAUCUUAUAUAUUUAUUAAAAACGUUAAUAAAUCAUUCUUGGUGUAAAUUAAUUAAUAAAUAGGUAAUUCUAA